ACAUUACAGAAACGUGUAAAUUGCAGCAGCCACGGUGGUGAGAGUAUGAGUUUACCGUUCUAGUAUCCCUUGCCUUACUACAAAAUCUUUGUUUAGAGGGGCUGCUGAGGUGGCUGGUACAGGCUGCUUUCGUUACCUCUCCUACUUUCCCCCCCGUGCAGUGGAGGUGGAUGUUAGAUCAAAUAUCACCGAUAACUAAGAUGAAUGGCAAAACCAAUCCAAAUUACUGGAGUCUUAGGCUGGCUCUGCUGAAGCCUGGUGGGUCGCAGUACACCUUGUGUGCCUUUACCCUAUUAACUUGCCGGGUUAACGAGUUGUUUUGUCAUUAGUGGUGCUGAUUUGCGCCAAGUAAUUCUAAAGCUUUCGGCUUACCAGCUCUUUUUGCCCUCUGAUCUUCUGUAGUCCAGAAUUAAAAUUAAAUAUAGGCCUAAUACGUUCCAUUUAGCAGCUUCAGUCUAUUACACGUAACUUUUCUCUAUAGUCGUCAUUUGUUAUACAGUGAUAGCUUCUAAAUUGCUCUCUAGAAAUCCUUUUUAGAAGGAAUUCCCAAUUAAUCUCUUCACGUCUUUAUUUAGAGCUUUCCAGCCAAUUAAGAAGACGCAGUACCUUAGAUACUGUGAUUGACGUUAGCUACAUUAGAGAGAAAAGCUGCAGUCUGUCAUUUGCUAUCUGAUAAUUACAGAGGGUACUCUUAUCCCGCUGAUUUAUAUGCUGGAGACUCUACACAUCAAGAUAAUAUCCCAGUGUCUGGGAGACUCUUUGCGAUUCCCGGGGAUGUUCGUGCAGCACAGAGCAAAACCGCUCACGUUCACUGUCUCGCCCCAGUCCAGAAAUUGAUUUUAGCAACUGAGCCGACGGAGGAAGGGGAAGAAGUUUAUUUCUUGACGUGCUUUCUGCGCAAGAGCACAGCUGAAUUUAUUUACUGCAGAGCACAGGGGAACCUCGCAGAGUUGCUGUGACCUUUAUCAGCAUCAGAGCACGGCGCCAGUUUCUCUGUUCCUUUAGCUGUAGCAGGUGUGGUUUGGGGGCACUCUACCUUAUCCUUUGACUCAGAUGUAGCCAGCCUAGGGGGGCCUGUGGCUGCUCCGCACUGUGUUCUUGUACGUGGGAAUUGCUGCCGUUCAAUGUAACAGGCUUGGCUCCAGUGCUUUUUACCAAAGAGCAGAACUGAAUGAGAAGUGAGGAUUUUCAGAGGACUGAUUUCUGGCUGUGCGGUUUUCAAAUGAAGGCGUUCUGUGAACUGCUAGUUGCUCGUCCCAUGAGAAAAUUACUUACAAGUCGUAAAGAAAGAAUUGGAUAUCCGCUACUUAAACGAAUAUGCAAACGCUGUGAGCAUGAAUUGAAAAGACUAUGCAAAUACCGCGUGUAUCUCAGAUGUCUAAAGAGUUGUUGUCUUAAUAUUCAAAAUAACUUGCAUCUUAAAACCAAAUUUUAUUUCCACCCUCAUUUACCAGCCAAGUACUGAGGCCAGGAUGUUUUUUUCCCCCUCACGCAAGAGCUGAGAUCACAGACCUCUAAAACAGAGUGUUCUCCUGCACUGCUUUAGGUGUUAGUGAUAUCAGCUCUUGACAGAGACUAAGGGCUUGGCAGCUUUUAUGACUAUGCAGGCAAGGUUAAUGAGGAGAGUUUGGACAGGAUUCUUAAAGAUCGAAGAAAAAACGUUAUCGGAUGGUACAGAUUUAGGAGAAACACUCAGCAGCAGAUGUCCUAUAGAGAGCACAUCAUUCAUAAACAGCUGACCCACAUUCUUGGAGUGCCUGAUCUUGUCUUCCUUCUCUUCAGCUUCAUUUCCACUGCAAAUAACUCCACACAUGCUUUAGAAUAUGUGCUUUUUAGACCAAACCGAAGGUAUAAUCAAAGGGUAUCACUUGCUAUUCCUAAUCUAGGCAACACUAGUCAACAGGAAUACAAAGUUUCUUCAGUGCCAAAUACUUCUCAGAAUUAUGCCAAAGUUAUUAAGGAACACGGUACUGAUUUUUUUGACAAAGAUGGAGUGAUGAAGGACAUCAGGGCUAUAUAUCAGGUUUAUAAUGCACUUCAGGAAAAAGUACAGGCAGUUUGCAUAGAUGUAGAAAAAAGUGAACGCGUUGUUGAAUCUUUUCAAGCUGAUGUAAACAAGUUAAAAAGGCAAAUCACACAAAGAAAAAAUGAAAAGGAACAAAAAAUAAGGACCAGAAGUCAGCGACUGGAUCCAGCUUCGCCAGGUGCAGGGAACAGCGCCCCUCACCAGGGCUACAGCAGUGCCAGAGCCCUGGCUGGGGAUCCCUGUGCUAGGGGACUGCAGCAAGCAAUUUUAAGCAGGCAAAUGCCAACAGAUAACCUGGAACCCAUGUUUGUUCCGCGAAUGUCCUACACUGGAUUCGCUGUGGAAGGCUGCACGCUGGAAGAUUCAGAUGUCUCCGAUCCUCCCCCGCCGUAUUCCGAUUUCAGCGCGACCACUCAAGAAAGUACUGUCGGUCACGGUCUCCUAGAAAGCAAUGCUUUCAUGCCCCGGCCUCAAGCAGUAGGUUCUUCCAGUUACGUUUCGACAAACGCAGGAUUGAAAUAUUCGGGUAACGGAGCAUCCACGCCAUCUUCCCAAAGAGCGGUUGGUGACAAUGUUGACGAGUCAGAAGACAGUGAUUACGAAAACUUGCUCGAACCCACGGAGUCGUCUGACAGCGAAUACUCACAGACGAGGGAUUCCCGACCUUCAGCACACCCUGACGGUGAUUCCAGGAACACUCAAACUUCUCAGAUUUGAUAGGGGGGAAAAAAUCAACAUGACACUGUUCUUUUUUUCAUAAUCGUUACAGAGAUUUUGGGGAUUUAACCUGGAGGAAAUGAACUACACAGGAUUACUGUGCACGCGAUGUAGAAGACUUGCACUAGAGGGUUUAUUCACCUUGUGAUACAUUUUGCAAGUUUUAUAACGAAAUCAUUAGGAUAAUCAAGUUGUACUAAUACUGAUGAGGUUCAUGGAUGUACCGGUAAAUUUAGGCAAAAUGAAAUUUAUAGAAAUCUUGUAGCUUUCGUUGCCGUAUUUUCUUUAAGACAAUAAAUUGGGUUGUAGUAACUAAGCACAGUUAGUCUACAGAUAAUGUUCUCAGAUCAAAACUUACCUCUUGCACUAUCAUGCCUUGAAUUUUAAUUUUUGAAAGGGAAAAAUAUAUCAGCCGCCUUCAAAAUAGCUUUCUCUGGUAAGCCAAAUUGGCCUUUGCGAGCAAAGAAAUGUUGCUAAUUCUGAGGAGCCUGACGGAAACAGAUGUGGUCUACCUUCUAUCGGCAUGCUCUUUCAACAGAGAAGGGGUUUGUUUCAACUUUUCUACUAGCAGAAUGCGUGUAUCACUUAAAAUGACGGUUGCCUUUCCUUCUGUAAAGGGUGUUGGGGGGGGUGGGAUGACCGCUAAAAUCAUCCAAACGAAUGUCAUAAAUAUUAUUCUGGUUUUGCUGGGUUUACAAUGACUUUAUGCCACGCUAGCCUCAUUCAUUGUCUCGUUUGUUAUUUUAGUGUGAAUGCAAAGUGCACGCACAGGAGUAAAUGACUGACGGAAGCAGUGAAUUCCGCCGUGAUUGGACUUUGGAGUCUGCAAAUUGCAAACAUCAGAAACUGCUUCUUGCAUUUUACUUGCAUCUGAAUAUUGGAUUUACACUUCUGUAUGAGUUAUUUUAUGUAAUAAAUAGGGGACGGGGUAGGAGAAGAUUGUUUGGAGAGUCCCCUGGGUUUAUUACCUCUUUUCUCUGGAUGGAAUGUGUAAAUGAUUAUUUUAAUUUGAAUUACAGCGCUCAUCCGAAAAUUGCCAUUUGGGAUACAUGAAGUGUGGUAUAUUUAGAGAAUUUCAUGUUUGGAUGCACUUAUUUUUUUAUUUAAUUACUGCUUGUAUACUAACAUUGCCCAAAAUAUGUGAAAUGGUGCCACUAAAAGGUUUGUAUUAUUGGACUUUUAUCCCUGAUCUGUAAAUGAGAAAAUACACAGUUUAAGAUGAGGAUAUCUUAAGCGUUUUUCACUUUUAGGUGUGAAUAACCACUUUGGUUUCUACCCAGAAGAACAAAGCAGUUGCUUGAAAGCUUAAAUGUAUCAGAUUUGGAAAGGACUCAGAUUUCAGCCUGCAUUGUAUACGUAGGCAAAGGUCUGUUCAUCAGCCUCUCUUUACCUGUACUAAAUUAAGCAAAAUGGCUUUGGAAGAAGGAAGUGUUAAAAUUGCCUCUCUUCUAUCGAGUGUUUCCACCUUUAAACAUCUCGUGGUCUGCUUUAACUAUUUUACAUUAUUCUCGUUAGCCUUAAACUGUUGCAUUUUGUCUUUGAGUGUUGCAAUCCGUUUAACGGAGAACUUGUUCUGGUUUUACCGCUGGCUAUCUGCAAGCACCUGUGUGUAGUCCAGGUGUUCUAGACGUGUGUGUGUGUCAAAAUCAGAAAUGACAAGAUGGCAACUACAGUUUUAUUUUUAUUCUGCACAGAAACCUGCAAAAUGUACAUCUCUGACAAAGCAGUUAAAUGUGACAAUAAAAUCUUAUUUAAUCCUGUAAUUUAUAUUUUAAUAUUUGUCAGGCUCUAUGUCGAUGAAAUAAUUCACCAGAAUACAGAAAAAGAGCUUGAAAUGGA